AUGGACAAGAUUAGGGAGCGCAUGGUCGCCCUCCGCGCCGAGGCUGAUGAAGCUCACGAGCUUGUCGAUGAGCUCAAGGCCAAGGUCAAGACAUUGGAACAGGAGAAUUUGUCAAAGGAACAAGAGAUCACAUCGCUCAACCACCGCAACCAGAUUCUAGAGGAAGAGGUUGAGAAGGCAGAGGCCGCCCUCAAGGAGGCUAAGGAUGCUGCCAGCCAGAGCCUCCAGCACGACACCCAGAACGAGGCUCUGCAGCGACGAGUGCAGCUCCUUGAGGAGGAGGCUGAGGAGAAUGACAAGACUCUUCGGGAAACAAACGAGAAGCUCCGCCAGACGGAUAUCAAGGCUGGCCACUACGAGCGGAAGGUGCAGGCACUCGAGGACCAGCAUGCCAAGCUGGAACAAAGAUACGAGGAUGCCAUCAAGGAACACAGCAGUGUGAAGAAGGAGCUUGACGACCUUGCAUCCCAGAUGGCCGACAUCUAA